UGGUUUGCUGCCCAGUCUGAGAGGAGAGCUUUGCAGCAUUCUCUGUGAUUUGUGAAAGUCUGGUUCGUGUGAAUGUUGACUGUUUGAUGCUGAGUUUCAGCCUCCUUUCUUAGAGAUGGAGGAAGCUUCAGUGAAGUGCUUUGGCCUUCUCUGUUUGUGUCAUGGGCAUGCAACUUUAAGUAACUGUGGUUUCUGAGGCUUGGGUUCCUGGAUGAGAGUGAUGCACCAUGGAUUUAGUUAAUGCUGAGAGCAGAGCCUCCUGCUGCAGUGCAGUCCUCUGGAUCAGGAACACAUUCCUGAAGCUGCCCUGCAGAUCACUCCCACACUUGCUGGGAAGCAGUUUCAAAUCAAACAGGUUCAAGAUGAUUGGAAGGCAAGGAAAAGCUCUCCAGGAUGGCCUCAUGUCCUGCAGUGCUCCAGCGACUUGGCUGACUGCAGUUCAUGGCAUAGGAUGCCAACAGGAGUGCAAGGAUCAGCUGCUCCCCAUGUGACGUGUGUUUUUGAGUGCUUGCUUCCUUUUAGGAUUCACUCAAUGAAGAAGAUGCAGUCAGUCCUGGCAGUGCAGUGGGAUGGCUGACCUAAGGACAAAACCAGUGAUAGAGCAAGAGGCUAACGCUGUAUUUAAAUAGAGCUGAUCUGUGAUGUUACUGAAGUAGAAAUUGCUGUAGAGAUAAACAUGGGUUCCUCUCGGGGCACAAACUGUAUAUUAAUGCUGUUGUGUGUGUACUCACCUCAGGCCAACAGCAGCUGUUCCUCCAGCUGUUGAUAGCUGGAGAGGUGCUCUGUUGGCAGUUUGCUCAGAAAGGUGGGGAUCAGGAGCGAAGUGAGUGUCGUAACUGGUAGCACUGAACGUCCUGGGCACAAAAGAUGCCUGACUUCUUUAUCUGGGGGAGUUUCUGUGCAGAAAGAAGAAGUCUGGCUACUUCAUGGCCAGGUGGCACCAAGGGGAGGGGAGAGUGCUGUGUGUUUGUGCAGCCCGCUCCUGGGAGCUGCAUUCUCAUCUGGCUGUGAAGGAGUCAGGCGUUGGCUAAAGCUCCCCUCGGUGCCCCAUCCCUCCUUCUGGCUCUCCUGGGGGUGGGUGGAUGCCUUCCCUGUCUCUGGGAGUUCUGGGUCACAUGAGAGCUGUCAGUCUGCAACAACACUGUGCUGAACCCAGUGCUGAGCCAGCACUGCGUGGAGGGAUGCAGGAAUGUCUGGGCCUCCUUUGUUGCUUCAGGGAGCAGCCCAUGUUUCUGUUGGAUUGGUCUGUCUAAAGCUCUUCCUCCACGCCUGCAAGUCGCUACCUGGCUUUGAUAAAAACCACAUUUGUGCUGAGGAUGGCUGUUGUGGUGCUUUGCAUGCUCCACUCCAGGAAAGAGGGAGGCUAAAAACUGCAGUGGUCUUUGUUGCCCUUCAACUUCAGCUUCCCAAGCAUAGUGUUUUCUUCACUCCAGCAACUGCGUCUACCUUCCUUAACUGCUUGGUUGCACUUCAGAUCACUUUGUGUCACGCCCCAUGACCACCGUGAUCCUUCACUGGGCUGCUGCCAUGAUUUGUGAAGGGAGAAGAGGCAGAGGGGAAUGUUUGCUGGGUGGAUUUCUGUGCAGUGCAUGGCAUGGCUGCUGCUGGGCUCUCAGCCAUCAGUUCUGGAUGGGCAGCACUCUAAUGUGUUUGGUUUCCCUUGUGCUUAUGGGGGUGCUGAGAAAAACAGCAAGGAGGUUUCAAGCAAAGCCUUCAUCAGGAAACUUUCCGUAAUGUUUUCUGGUUUUGUUCUGCUUUGAGCAAGUUGUAAAGAGUGACUGCGUGGUCCUGGAAGAGAUGGAGAGAUAUCACACCCACCUGCAAGAGGCUGGCGUCAUGGAAGCCUUACCCUGAGGGGCUGCUGAGCAGUGCCUGGCACAGAGCUGUUUAUUGUCCUGGGGCCAUGGAAUGCUGGUUGGGUGUCUCGGUGUUUCUUGAGUCUCUUCAGUGCCUCAUGCAGCUGUUGUGUUUGGAGAUAUCCUGCCUUAAAUCCUGGACAAAAAUCUGCCAAAAGUCAAAAAUGACUUGAGUGGAAGAGCCACUGUUUUGUCCAACAGGACCAACUUGCUGCCCUGAGCUCUUUGUCCCAUUUGGAUGCAACGUACACUAUGGUUCACAUCAAUGUGCUGAAAAAAUUUAUGUGUGUUCUUGUGGUGAUUCUGAUAGCUCUGACAGUUUGCCUGUGGAAAGAAACAAGAGGAAGCUACUAUGUUCCUUUCAGGAAUGAUGAUACACAGGUUCACAGGACUUUGGAAAAAUGGAACCUACUUAAAUCACAGGGCCUCUUCCACGAAGCUGCUGGUGAAAUGGGUCAGAUGCCUAAAGCUUUGCCCAACAACCAAAAUAAAGUAAAAGGCAUCACCUCUGGAGCAGUGGAGAAGUCCAGGAAAGCAGCAGACCAUGUGAAGGUAUGGGAUAAGGACAGCUCAUCCAGAAACCUCAUACCCAGGCUGCAGAAGGUCAGGAAGAACUACCUGUCCAUGAACAAGUACAACGUGACUUACAAUGGGAAGAUGAAUGCUGCUAAACUCAGCCCAGAGAAGCUGCUGUGCCAGCUGCGGGACAGGGUGAACGUGACCAUGAUACAGGGAUCAGAUGGGCCCUUUAAUUCCUCAGAAUGGCAGCACUACCUGCCAGAGAAAAGCCUCAAUGAAACAGUGGGCCGCCUGGGCCGCUGUGCUGUUGUGUCCUCAGCAGGCUCUCUGAAAUCAUCUCACUUGGGACCAGAGAUAGACAGCCAUGAUGCCGUCUUGCGCUUUAAUGGGGCUCCUGUCAAAGGAUUUCAAGAAGAUGUGGGUCAAAAAACAACGAUUCGUCUUGUUAAUUCCCAGCUGGUCACUGUUGAGGAGCAGCAGUUCCUGAAAGAUGCUCUGUAUAACACUGGAAUCUUGAUUGUCUGGGAUCCAGCGCCGUAUCAUGCAGAAAUACAUGAGUGGUACCAAAAGCCAGACUACAAGUUUUUUGAAGCCUACAAGUUGUAUCGCAUUAGACAUCCAGAGCAGCCCUUCUAUAUCCUGAAUCCAAAGAUGCAGUGGCAACUCUGGGAUAUUCUGCAGGAGAAUUCCUUAGAGCAUAUUCAGCCUAACCCACCGUCUUCAGGAAUGUUAGGCAUCGUGAUCAUGAUGGCGCUCUGCGAUGAGGUGGAUGUGUAUGAAUUUCUCCCUUCUAAGCGGCAGACGGACAUUUGCCACUACUACCAGAAGUUUCACGACCGUGCCUGCACCAUGGGAGCUUACCACCCUCUCUUGUUUGAGAAAAACUUGGUGAAGCAUUUAAACCAAGGCACCGAUGAUGACAUCUAUACUCGUGGGAAGGUUACUUUGCCCGGCUUCCGAAAUGUACAUUGCUAGCAAAUCAGUUUUUAUUGUAUUUAGACUUCUGCCUCGACCGUCGAAGCACUUUGAAAAUCAGGGUUGUCACAUUUGUUAGGUCUAAGCACUGGUGUGUUCUGACAGCUCUUCCACCUUGCGACGCUUAGGACUCUUUGGCAUAGCUUCUCCAAACUGGAAGGCAGUGCAAUGCGUUGUGGUACAUCCACAGUGUCUGUGUGAGCCUCUGCAAUAAAUGUCUUCCUCAUGGGGCUGGGCUCAUGCAGCUGGUGGAGCCUUUGGCUCAGCUGAUGAUGCUGUGUGGGAAUCACAGGAGAUGCUUUCUAAGCAGAGACUGCACAAGGCUGAAUCAAGUGCUGAUAAAGUUCAGCUUGCUUCAGAGGGGUUCUGACAGCUGAAAGCCUGAUCUGCUGAGAAACAAGAGACAUUCUUUGACACUUGUUCCCAUCGCCCUAGAGCUCUUUGUAGCAAUGAUUUAAGGAAUCACUGUUAAAGCUGGGUACUGAUUAGCUCAACUCCUAGUCCACAAUAUUUGAUUUUACCAUUAAAAUAAGCAAGGCAACGACCUUUCAAAAUACAAGGCUUUCAAAUCAUCCGGGUGGCAUUUUUAGCAUGUGAGAAGGGAGGCAAUUCAUGAUUCAGGAAUUUCUGCAAGAUAUUUUUAGACAUUUUAAUGGAGGUUUUUUGUUUUGGUUUUUUUAAAAAUAAUUUUAAUCAAGUUUUAUUGACCAUUUACUUUUCCAGUACAGUGUCGUGUUUGGUACAAAAGAAGCUGUAUUUUGAACAUGUUUUGGUGGUGGUGUUGAAAAGCACAGAUGGGAAAACUCACUGGAAGCUGGUACUUCUUUCUAACUCUCUGCUAAUCUACCUCUGUAAUUACUGGCAAAUUGUUUUCUGUCUUGUCUCCGGUAACAAAAAAUCCACAUAGCAGCUGGAUGGAUGAGAUGCAGCUCUCUACAAGCUAAGCAGGGCCAUUCUCAUUGCUGUUGUGUGCUUUCUGAAUGCAUGGCGAGCAGAUACAUUGCCUCCAUUCUUCAUCAGCAGUGAGGAAGGAGAGGGGGCUCUGUUCCCCAUGCUGGAACUCAGGCAGAGGGGAGCAGGGCACCUUUUCUCUCUCAUGUGGCCUCAUGGUGGAAGCAGCAGCUCUGCAAUCUAUGUGUCAAUGAGAACACCUAUUCCUUUUCCAUACUGAUGUAUUCCAUGGUUAUCUGUAAAGAAAACCUCUUCUCUUGUAUUGAAUAAAUCCUGUGAAGUCA